AGUUGCUUGUAACACUCGCUCAGGGUCUAGCUUAGUCACAUCCUCCGUCAAUCCGUGCUAGAAAGAACAUUCACAUUCAUGGGCUGGUGGUGACUAUUGUUGAGUGCAUCCAGCGAAUCCAUCCCGUCUCCGGAUUGAAGAUCGGGAAUCGCGUCCCAUCCCCGAUCGGUCGAGCGCCAUAUCCACAUAUCCGAUGUCCACAGCCUUCGUGACAACGAAGACGCUUUGAGUUGACAUUUCGAGUUGACUUGAGUGUUCGUUCGUUCGUUCGUUGUGUCUUGGUGUUCAUGACUUGGUUUGAGUAAGCGAGUCCGUCAGUGAGCGAGAAACGAAUUAGUUGAUUGCCUUAGUUGAAGUGACUAAUUGACGGACUGUAGAGCGACGGGUGGCUUGAGGACGAUAUUGAGUUUUCACGGACCGUCUUGAGCCUUUUGGUGUUUUGGUCUUUUGGUUCGAAUUAGUGUAGCCACCGAUAUUCCUGAGUCGGGAGCCGAUACCAGAUUGAAAGUAAGAAAGAGCGAGCGAGGCCAAGAUGAUUUCCAUGUGGAAAGUACGCGAGAUGGUGGACAAAGCCACCAAUCUGGUGAUGAACUACACGGACACGGAAGCCAAGGUCCGGGACGCCACCAACGACGAUCCGUGGGGCCCGUCGGGUCAGCAGAUGCAGGAGGUGGCCGCUUUCACCUACACGUACGAGCAAUUCCCCGAGGCCAUGGGCAUGCUGUGGAAACGCAUGCUCGUGGACAAUCACACCAAUUGGCGACGCACCUACAAAUCCCUGCUCCUCUUGGACUAUCUGCUCAAGAACGGUAGUGAGCGUGUCGUGACAUCGGCCCGGGAGCAUCUGUACGACCUCAGAUCCAUGGAGAACUACACCUUCGUCGAAGAAAAUGGUAAAGACCAAGGCGUCAACAUCAGGCAUAAGGUAACGGACUUGCUGGAUUUCAUCCAAGAUGACGAUCGACUUCGGGAUGAACGGAAGAAAGCCAAAAAGAACAAGGACAAAUACAUUGGCAUGUCCAGCGAUGCCAUGGGUUUCCGAGGAACUCGGGGAUUCGACUCGGGUUGGAACGACAAGUGGAACUCCGGAGGAGGAAUGAGUGGAGGAAUGGGCGGUGGCCCUACGUCUGUAUCGCGGUCCGGCUUUCGAGAUCACUCUCCGGAGUUCGAAGAUGACGGCUAUCGGGAAACCACGGCCACACCGCCUGCCAUUGAUGACUUCAAGGAUGACGACGAUGGCUUUAGUCUACCUUCGAACUCCUCCCGUGGCGGGCUGGGCUCGCCCACACCACCUCUUUCCAAUACGAUCACCCGCCCACCGGCCAUAAAGUCCCCACCCCCGUUCACGAGCAAACCCCCUGCCAAAGUCUCCAAACCGAGGAAACCCAUUGAUUUAGGAGCGGCCGCCACUUAUGCCCAAAGUGCGGGUGCGGUCAAAGCUAAUGCGGUCAAACCUGGAUCCCAAACCCCGGCUCCACCCCCGAAGAACACUCAAUUAUUGGACGACCUCUUUGGAGGUGAGACUGAAAGCAGCAAUGGUGCCUCCAAUGUCAAUGGGGGUCCCCAGUCGCUGCCUGCCUCUCAUGUGAUGGACAAUACUGACUUGUUCUCGGCGUCUGGUCCGAGCUCAGGCAUCACAGACGUCAAUGCUAAUGGAGAUUUUGGCGAUUUCACCUCUGCAUUUACCGACACCGGUCGCGACGAUGAAGGCUUUGCCGACUUCUCCUCUGCCUUUAACUCGAACAAUUCCAGUGACACGGUCCCCUCCUCAGCGGGCUCAGCGGAUCUUUUUGCCUCCUUGCCCGCGUCCACGGCCAAUGUUGAUCUUAUGGGUGGGCUUGGAUCGGCACCGGCUGGUUCGACAGCCAGCUCAAAUGCCAUGGACCUUUUGGGUGGAUUGGACCUCAGCGGAGGCUUGGCCUCCAAGGCUCCUCCACCACCUCUUCAAAUGUCAAAUAACAUGAUGGGAUCGAGCUCCAAUCCUCCGUCGGGUUUUCACGACCUCAUUGGAUCCUCGUCGGGCUCUUUGGGCUCGAUGCCGCCCCCCCUCAUUCAAGCCCAAAUGGGCGGGGGGACCUCUGGCGUUCUCCAGCCUCAAGGAUCCGCCAUGACGAUUUCAAUGGGCAAUGGCAAUGGACCCCCCUCGUCGUCGUCGACAUGUUCCACUAUGUCUGGAAAGGCAAGCAGUUCCGCCACGAAUUCUGCCAUCCUUCCAAAGGGUUGGGGCAACGUGGGAUCCUUGAACAUCGACCUGGACAAUUUGUCGUUGGCCGGGCGGACUCAGACCAAGAAAUCCGUGCCCAUGAAUGCCAUGAAAUCGUCGUCUAGUAGCGAAUCGCCCGUGUCUCCAUUGGGACCUCAAUCGGGAUUCCUUGGUGGAUCUCAGAAUACCUACUUACCCAGCAACGGCUCGAACGACUUGCUCUAAAUGUGAUGAAAAUGACUCGACUCUAAUGAUCUAAAAUUUGUGAUCAUCGGCAUCUUCUAUGCAGGAUUCGAUGUUGACUGAUCCAUUCCCAUGCCGUUUUUUUCAUAAUGGUACACAUUAAUUUUAGAGAGAAGUUCUUAGGUGGUCGUCGUCGUCGUCGUCCUCGUGGAACCUCCUCAGAGAAGACUAUAUAUCUAUAUCUAUAUCUACACUGUAUCCUUGAGAGGUAUUUUUAAAGAUUCCGAUUUUCUAUCUACACGCAUAUGUACACACACACACACAAUCACACCUGGCCAUACAAGAAUAAUCCACGUUGUCUUUGGUCCAAUAAUGUGUUGUGAACUUUCAUGGUUCCAGACAGGAGACCGACUCAAGUUGUGAAAUGAAGAGAAGAGAUAACCGGAUGAUACUCAAUCAUUCAGAACGUAAUGAAGAUGUUCAAGGGUUGUUGGACAAGAAACAAGAAGAUAAAGAAAGCCUAACAAAGCUUGGUGACGGGGAUUGCUUUUUUGUCAAGACAAAUAAUGAAUGAUAACGACGUUUUCAUACAUCUAUAUUUUUGCAAUAAACCCCCGCUGUGUGUCUUUAACAUACACGGCUCUCAUUUUU